GAAUCAGAUCAAUAUAAAAGAAAUUCCAAAUAACUCAACAAGUGACUCAUAACUUAAUUUGUGAAGUGACUUGAAAAAACAGAAUCAAGAAGAAGAAAAGACAAAUUGUGUGUGGAUCAUGGAUAAUCUUUGAAUGGAACCAGAAAGAAAUAUAAGUUUAUUGUGUGAAAAGAAUUUAGUGACACAAAAGUUCGAGAAAUAGGGAAACUUACGUCAUAAUUUAAAUAUUGUCGACAUUUUGGCUGAAACAUUUUUAUUGUCGGACAUUCCUUAGCAAUAAAACAACUUUGCGGCAUCUAGAGUCAGCACACACAAACAAAAAAAAGACAGACGCAACGUUGAGUAAGAAGAAGAAAAUUGGCAGAAGCACAAGGAAACAAACGACGAUAAUAAAAAAAUGAACCAGCAGUGUAAAGUGUGUGGGGAGCCUGCUGCGGGAUUUCAUUUUGGCGCAUUUACCUGUGAAGGAUGCAAAUCCUUUUUUGGUCGCUCAUACAACAAUCUAUCAUCAAUAUCGGAAUGUAAAAACAAUAGCGAGUGCGUAAUCAACAAAAAGAACCGAACGGCAUGUAAAGCAUGUAGACUUAAAAAGUGUCUUAUGGUUGGAAUGUCAAAGAAUGGAUCUCGUUAUGGACGCCGAUCAAAUUGGUUUAAGAUUCAUUGUUUAUUACAAGAACAGCAGCAACAGCGUGAACAGCAUCAGCAACAACAUCAACAAAACGGUCAUCCACCACAGCCGUACGAUCUCAAUUUCCUUAAUCUUAUGGAUGAUUACAGUAAAAAUAAUCACAAUCGUGCAUCCCUUUCGUCAUCGUCACCAUCAAUCAGCUCACCCGAUAGUCAUAAUUCUGAUAGUAGUGUAGAAAUUGGUGAUAAGAAGAAGAUGCACAAUUCGAUACACAAAAUUCCACCAAAAAUUCCCGCAAUCAAUCCAUCGCCGCUACCAUCACAAUUAGCAUCAUUUUUCCAAUUGAUGCCGCCUCUAGGGCCUUUACCGUUACAUCAUUUAGUUGGAUCACCCUUUACGAAAUUGAUGCCACCUCCACCUCUCGCAUCAUCAGCACACAAUUUCCUUCCACCUUCACUUUUUUCAUCGCCGUUUCACGAUUCACUUCAUCAUUUGUAUGCACAGCAGCAGAGCUUCUUAUCGUCUGCAAAUCUACCAUCGCCUCUCGCUAAUUUACCAAAUAAUAACAAUAAUAGUAGUAGUAACAACAACAAUAACAAAGAUAGUAUCAACAACAAUUUACUGCACAGCAAUGGCAAGAGUGCAGAUUUCUAUCAAAAAUAUUAUUUCAACAAAAUUAAUGGAAAGUUUCCAAUGAAUAAUCACGACGACGAUAAUGAGAAUGACGAUGUGACACCAUCAAAUUCACCGACACUUAAAGUUGAUGUUAAUUCACCGUCAUCGCCACACUCGACAGCAUCCUCGAAUUCGCCGAUCAUUUGCGAUGACAUCCAGAAUAAUCCGAUUGAUUUGAGCAUGAAAAAUGAGGAUCUGCUUAAUAACAAUACAAAUUAGUUAAUUUACUCACUUACAAAAUAUUUUUUUUUGUUGAAAAAAGGUGUCAAGUAAUAAUGUCACCGAUGGAAUGUGACUAAAGCGCAUUUUUGUCAGGGAUGAGUUUAUAGUUUGCUGUGUUUGAUAGUAUUUUGUAAAUUAGCUGUAAAUUUAGUUAAAAUUUGAUGAUUUAAAGUUGAUAUGAUCUAGUUUUUUGAAGAUUUUUGUAAAUUUUCUCCACCUCGAAAAGUAAAUUGACAAAAUGUUGAGGUUAAUUUGAUAUUUUUGAAAAAUUUUCGCUGAAAAUUUCUUCAAAAAAGUGGCAAGGAUGUAAAAUAACAAAAUUCAUUAUUACAUCCAUUGUAAUUGGCAAAUAAUUAAUGA